AUGACGACUGGUGACUGCUGCCACCUCCCCGGCUCCCUGUGCGACUGCCCGGGAAGUGCUGCCCUUUCCAAAUCGGUGGAGGACUCCGACAUCGGUCGCCCGCAGUACAUCACGCAGGUCACUGCCAAGGAUGGACGACUCCUCUCGACGGUGAUCAAGGCGCUGGGCACACAAAG